AUGUUGAAUUCACCACGAAAUGAAUGCAUUCUUGCAAUCGGAGAGACGGGCCUCGGGAAAAGUUUUACUGCAACUAUUUUUGGCGCAACAGGCGUAAAAGUCGGUCAUUCGACAGAGUCCGAAACCGAUAAAGUUACGUUUUGUGAUAUCGGAAACGGGAGUUUCUACAUCGAUACACCUGGCUUUAAUGAUAGUAACGAAGAAAAAUCCGACGAUGAAACCGUGUGCUCAAUCUUGCGUGAGAUGCAGGAUAGAAAAAUAUCCAAUAUAACGACCAUUUUGUGGUUUGUUAAAUACGACUGUAAAGCAAGUGCCUAUCUUAAAAGUCAAGCAAGAACUAUAGAAGCUUUUGCACGAGACCAUAAUGGUAAUGUAUGGGAUAAUACUAUCAUUGUUACCAAGGACGACAAACGUGGAGAGGGUCCUCGAGCUGCUGCCGAAGAAAUAGCUAAAAAGAUUUAUGAACAAAAACCUCGCCGCCGUGAAUUAAACGCAAAAAAGAGUUUUCUUGAGAAUACUGGAAAUUUUGAAAUUUUUCUAUUCGAAAGUCUCGAUGGACGCAAAAAAGACAUUUAUGCUACUUUUCCGAUUGAAGCCUUAGACAAGCUUAAUAUUUUCAAGAGCUCUAAACCGGACCGAAUUCUUGCAAAGUACAGGUCGUUAAUGGAAGGCCAUAUCCGUCAUCCGAUUGUUCUCGAGUUCAAAAUGCCGAGCUUACCACCAAACCAACGCAUUCUUGCAAUCGGAGGUACGGGCCUUGGGAAAAGUUUUACUGCAACUAUUUUUGGUGCAAAAGGUGUAAAAGUCGGUCAUUCGACUAAAUCCGAGACCGAUGAAGUUACGUUUUAUGAUAUCGGAAACGGGAGUUUCUACGUCGAUACACCUGGAUUUAAUGAUAGUAACGAAGAAAAAACCGACGAUGAAACCGUGCGCUCAAUCUUGCGUGAGAUGCAGGAUAGAAAAAUAUCCAAUAUAACAACCAUUUUGUGGUUUGUAACAAACGAGUGUAGAGAAACUGCCUCCCUUAAACAGCAAGCAAAAUUUAUAGAAGCUCUUGCACGAGACCAUGAUGGCAAUGUAUGGGAUAAUGCUAUCAUUGUUACGAAAGGCAACGACCGUGGAAAGGGUCCUCGUGCUGCUGCUGAAGCAGUAGCUAAAGAGAUUUACGAACAAAAACAUCGCUGCCGUAAACCAGACGCAAAAAGUUUCCUUAACAAUGUUGGAAACUUUGAGAUUUGUCUAUUCGAAAGACUCGAUGAAAGCUUACAAUCGGACUACAUCAAUGUUAAAAGUGAUGAAUUAAACAGAUUUCGUAUUUUCAAAGAAUCCGAACCGCACCGAAUUUUUACAAAGUACAGGUCAUUAAUGGAAGGCCAUAGUGACCAUCCGAUUGUUCUCGAGUUUAAAAAAAUUAAAUGCUUAAAUUGUUCUGAAGAAACCGAUCCAAGAUUGGCAAGUCCAAAAUGUCAUUUAAAAGAAAAAUUAAUUCAUCCUAAAUUAUUGGAGGCUUUUCACAGAGAUAGAGUCGGAAAUUUCCACCCUGAUCAACCCGUUGAUAGUAAAAUAGUCGAAGAAUGGGAUCAUGGCGUUGGAGCUUGGACUCUACGCGUUGUAACUAUAGGGCUAGUAAACCUAAAAGAAUAUAAACUGGAAAAUGGAAAGUGGAAAUGCUGCAACAGAAAAUUAGGCGAAGACGGGUGUAAACCUCAAUACAAAUGCUGCAGGAAAUCCGCAAGCAGCACUGGUUGCAUGCAAAAAUAUAGUUGUUGUGACGUGAUACCUCAUGACUUCGAUAACUGUGAGGGAUGCAAAUCUGGUAACUGCAAAGGUCCUGGUUGUAUAUCAGUGUGCUCGGGAUGCGAACAAAUUUCGAUUGAACAUAAAGGAUGUAGUAUCGUAGGAAAGCACGUUUGGCCGAGCUCACCAAAAAAUAAAUGCAUUCUUGCAAUUGGAGAGACGGGCCUCGGAAAAAGUUUUACUGCAACUAUUUUUGGCGCAAAAGGUGUAAAAGUCGGUCAUUCGACUGAGUCAACUACAUUUUAUGAUAUUGGAAACAGUAGUUUCUACGUCGAUACACCUGGGUUUAAUGAUAUUGACGAAGAAAAAUUCGACGAUGAAACCAUACGCUCAAUCUUGCGUGAGAUGCAGGAUAGAAAAAUAUCCAAGAUAACGACCAUUUUGUGGUUUGUUAGGACAGACGGGUGUAGAGCAACUACCUCCCUUAAAAGUCAAGCGAGAACUAUAGAAGCUUUUGCGCGAGACCAUAAUGGCAAUGUAUGGGACAAUACUAUCAUUGUUACCAAAGGCGACGAACGUGGAGAGGGUCCUCGAGCUGCUGCCGAAGAAAUAGCUAAAAAGAUUCAUGAACAAAAACCUCACCACCGUGAAUUAAACGCAAAAAAGAGUUUUCUUGAGAAUACUGGAUAUUUUGAAAUCCGUCUAUUCGAAAGCCUCAGCGAAAUCAGAAAAAAGAAUUAUGAUGGCUUUACAAACAAUAAAUUAAGCGAUAGGCAUAUUUUCAAAAGUUCUGAACCGGACCGAAUUCUUGCAAAGUACAGGUCGUUAAUGGAAGGCCAUAUCCGUCAUCCGAUUGUGCUCGAGUUUAAAAAAGUUAAAUGCUUAAAUUGUUCUGAAGAAACCGAUCCAAGUGAAGGAAUUGGACAGUUUCACCCGGCUGAGCAAGAGCUGGUCAUAAGGCGGGAUCAUGUUAGAACUAUUUGGAUAGCCAAUCCACUACUGACUUAUGAAUGGAAAUGCUGCGGCAGACAGCCAGACUCAGAGGGAUGUACAUCUCUAUAUACAUGCUGCAGGCAGCCCAUAGGCAGUGCUGUAUGCUCAAAAUGCGAGAAAAAUCCACUUGAAAAUGAAGGGUGUAGUAUCGAAGGGGAGCACGUUUGGGGCCAAUAG